AUGGACCAACUCCCAUUCGCCCCAUCACAGGAGACGACCACCGAGCUCAACUCAAUGAGUCAGAGCAUGACCUCCAGACCCAAUACCCUGGAGAUCCACAACUUGCAGUUGGAUACUGGAGAGAUACUAAGGGAUCCUGGGAUGAUCCCAAUACCUCCCUCACCUCCAACGUCCAGCAGUUCUACACCAAUGAGUACAACUGACUCAUCAGUGUACGAACUCUGGAAGAGGGCGAUGGAAACACCGCUAAUGGAACAGAGUGGCAAAGAACCACCUUCAAAGGGAUCGACAACCCUUUUCUCCCUACCUGGGGAGUCGAUCGAGAAGGUGGACGAACCACAGUCAGAAGAACCAAUGCAGGAGGACAUCGAAGAGAUGAAUCUCCAGAGUCAUUUGGAAAGGCCGGACAAAGGCUCCACACCUCAGAGCUUGGCAAGGGAAUCUACUCCCCCACCGGAACUUCAAGAGAGGCAUGGGGAGUCCACACUGGUUCCCCCUGUGAGACAGGGGUCAUCUGGCUCAAAUCCGAAGUUGCCUUAA